AUGGGGGUGGAAGGGCUGUGGCUUAUAGUGGAGUGUGCCUGUCGGAUCAUGGGCAUCUCUACAGCUGCAGUGCUCUGUGGAGUCGGUGUAGAGACCCUCAGACAGGGAGAGUACCACAGCCUAGCCGUUUACCUGCUGGUGUGUUCCGGGGGAAUGAUGGUGUUUGAGAUGGCCUUCUUCAUCGACGCCAUGCUGGAAGCCUGUCUCCCAUGUCCUCCAGGUUGGAAGGUGUUUGUGUUGUGGAAGAAGAUGGCCCGAGUUGGAGGUUUCCAGAAGUUUCUCUACUACACCAUGAUGUCUGUGGUGUGCUUCCUGCACCCUGUGCUGCUCUGGCACGUCAUCAUACCAGGCACCAUGCUGUUGGUCACCGGCUUCCUAAACUUCACUCUGAGCAAACGGAAGAAGGCGGAGCCUCCGAAACUGGAGUCCCGCGACGCUUACCGAGACCCCUCCCUCGCGGACGUGCAAGUGACCGAGGGGGGCGCCACUGAACACACCUUCUCCUUCUUCAACGUCCUCACCGGGGGACACCCCUCUUCCCUCGCUUUCCUGCCUAGCAACAGUCGUCUCCAGGCGCCCCACGGCGCCAGCGCCGCUCUCCAGGGAUGUGCCCGUCCCCCAAGACAGAAGAGGCGGACGGGGAAAGGACAGGGCUGUUUUGGGGGACCCCCAGAGGACAGCUCUCAGGAGACUGAGAUGGAGGAGUACCCCUACAUGGACUCAGAGGAGACCACCUCCGACAAAGCGCCCAUGAUUCCCCCAUAGACUCUGGACUAGUUUGUAUUGCCCCUCCACAUACACCAACUCUAGAUUCUACUGCCCUUCCCCAGAUCCCUUCUCUAGAUUCUACUGCCCAGCCAC